AAUCAAGCAAAAAGAAAAAAGAAAAAGAGAUCUCUCGGCGCAGUCUCAACUCAGACGGCGGCGUCGCCGACGACGACAUAAGGAGGAGAAUCUGCAAGAGUAGAGAGAGAGAUGAACGGAGCCUCAGACGAGGGAGCUGCAGGGGUGACACUGGAAGAGUUGCAGAAGAAAAUGGCGGAUUUCGCCAGGGAAAGAGACUGGGAUCAGUUCCAUAGCCCAAGAAAUCUCCUUCUUGCCUUGGUAGGGGAAGUGGGAGAGCUGUCUGAGAUAUUUCAGUGGAAAGGUGAGGUACCAAGAGGCCUCCCUGGAUGGGAAGAGGAAGAGAAGCAGCACUUGGGUGAAGAGCUCUCAGAUGUUUUGCUCUAUCUGGUCAGGCUUUCUGACAUUUGUAGCAUUGAUCUUGGUAAGGCUGCCCUUAGAAAGCUAGAACUCAAUGCUAAGAAAUACCCAGUUAACCUUUGCAAAGGCUCAUCCAAAAAGCUCAACAACACUACAACCACCACCACCUCCACCAAAAACAACAUCAGCAAUGACACAGAAAAUGGGGUUUCUGAUGAAGUAGUUUGACUUUUUCUAUGAAUAUCUCCUAGUUUUAGGCCCCUUUUUUGUUGCUAUGCUACUAAAUUUUUGUUUGAGCACCAUCCCUUCUUAAGGGAGACAUUGUGUUUUGGCGUUUUUAUGCUUCUUUGUUCUCUUGUGCAAAUAUGUGUGCAGAUAAUAUCUU